AUGGCCAAAUUGCCCUUAUUCAAUAAAGCUCCUCCGCGGCCUCCCACCGCCGGACGGUCCCGCUCCACCGUUCUCUGGCAUCGCAUCCUCCGCUCCUUUUUCUACCUGAUUGCCUGGAUCUUCCUCAUCCUGGUGGUCAUCGGCAAUCUCUCCAACAAGCCGGUCUUGCGCGACACCUACUUCCUCAAGAUCGAUCUCUCCAACAUCGUCCCGCUCUCCAUCCCCAAUGCCGUCCUGAUCAACAGUAUCGCCCGGUCUAUCGGCUUGCACGAUUUCUAUCAGGUCGGAUUGUGGAACUUCUGCGAGGGCUACAAUGACAGUGGGAUCACGCAUUGCUCGAAACCCGAGACGCUGUACUGGUUCGAUCCAGUGACGAUCCUGUUGAGUGAAUUGCUCUCGGGCGCUACGAGUACGUUUUUCUUUUUUUCUUCCCCUUCUCCACCUGUCGACCUAGAAUAG